AUGGGCGAUCCUAAUCCCCCGACUUCUCACGAUCUUUCCUUAUCUUCCCCUUCCCCACCUCACGCUCAUUCCGCCAAAUCACUUCGUUUCCUUGUCAUCGGCGCUGGUUCGCGAGGCAAUGCUUACGCCCGGGCCGUCACAAAUGCCACCUCAGGCAUGAUUCACGCGAUUGCUGAGCCACAUCCCUUCAAACGACAGGAAUUUGGCCGCAAUUAUAUCUGGGGCGACAGCGGUACACCAAAGGACGGUCAGGAGUUCAAAGACUGGCGAGAUUGGCUGCGAUGGGAAGUCAAACGGCGAGCACAGAGUAGUACUACUGUGACUAAUGGGACGAAUUGUGCGACCCUUGGAGUAGACGGCGUGUUCAUCUGCACACUGGACGAAACCCACGUUGAGAUUCUACAAGCCAUCGCCCCGUUACAGCUUCACAUUUUGUGCGAGAAGCCGCUCGCCCUCUCACUAUCCGACUGCUUGACCGUCUACCGCGCCCUACUACCAAAGGAAGAAGGGGGCUUAUCACCCUCCUCUUCCCCAUCAACCAUCUUUUCAAUAGGCCACGUCCUCCGAUACAGUCCGCACAACAUCCUCCUCCGAAAGCUCCUCCUCGAGGACCGUACCAUCGGCGACAUCGUCUCAAUGGAACACUGCGAACCGGUUGGAUGGUGGCACUUCGCACACAGCUACGUCCGCGGGAACUGGCGACGAGCAACGCCCGAAGGCGACGGCUCCCUGCUCACCAAAUCCUGUCACGACCUCGACUUCAUCCUCUGGCUUCUUUGUUCCCCGCCACCACUCCCCGCAGACGCCAACCUCUCUGCACAACAGCAGCAGGAGUACUUCAAGCGCCAACAACCGCAUCUCCCGCGCACCAUCUCCUCCUCUGGCUCCCUGACCCAGUUUCGCAAAUCCAGAAAACCCCGCGCCGCCACUACGGCAACAAACUGCCUCUCUUGUCCCGCGGAGAGGCAAUGUAACUAUAGCGCCAUCAAGAUCUACCGCGACAUGCACGUCGUAAGAGCCGACUACGAAUGGCCUGUCAACAUCGUCUGUCCAGAUAUCGAGGAUGUAGUCCGGAGCACCUCCUCUCUGUCCGAGGAAGAACAGAUCAGAGCAGCAGAGGCCCACCUCCUCCGUCGUCUGGAAGAAGAUUACUCUCCCGAAACAGAAGAUAAGGAUAUCGCCGCGAGACCCUGGUACGGUCGGUGCGUUUACGAAUCCGAUAACAAUGUUUGCGACGACCAGGUCGUCACUCUUACCUGGGAUGAUGAACCCCUUGACUUCAACACAACUAUCAAUGACUAUUAUCCACGAACUUCUAAAACAGCCAUAUUCCAUAUGAUCGCACCAACAGAGAAACAGUGUGAACGGCGAGGUCGUGUUUACGGUACCCAGGGUGAAAUCACUUACGAUUCGCGGAAUAUUGAUAUUUACAGCUUCGCGACCCGGUCAACCCGGUCUAUUGAGGUGCCGCGGCAGCCGCCCGAAGAGAAGGAGUCUCAUGGUGGAGGCGACUACGGUCUGGCGAGGAGCUUUGUCCGUGCCGUGGAUGCCGUGAUUAAUCAGGGGUGGGAGGUUGAGCGUGCGCAGAGGUGCUUCGUGGGCUGUACGCUGGAGGAAGCGGUGAGGAGUCAUGCGGUUGUGUUCGCGGCGGAAGAGGCGAGGAGGGAGGAGAAGGUGGUUCGGUGGAAGGAUUGGUGGGAGGGGAAGCUUCGAGAUUCGCUGAGGACGAGGUCGGCUUGUGAUUAA